AUGCUUGCAGCAGGCCGGACUGCAGCAAGCUCCAGCUUGCUCAGAGUCCUCACCCUUGUACCACAACCAUAUCCAAUCCCUGCAACACCCCUCACCACCACCUCCGCAAACCCAACAUCCCACAUCAUCACCACCAGCAAGCGAACCCUCACCACCUCCCGCGCAACCCACCAAGAACAACAAGAACAACAAGAACAAGAACAACCCUCCCAAACCCCCUCACCCACUCAACCCACCCACCCACAAGACCUCUCCACGCAAAUCCGCCUCCUAAUGCGCCAAGUCCCUUACCCCGUCGCCAUCAUCACCUCCACCGACCCGCACGCCCACGCCCACGCCCACACCUCCGCAUCAGCAUCGCAUCCCUCCCCCUCCCCCUUCCGCGGCAUGACCGUCUCCUCCUUCAACACAGUAACCCUGCACCCGACGCCAAUCAUCUCCUUCAACGUGCGCCGCCCCUCCGAAACCCUGACCGCCCUCCAAUCCUCCGGCCGCUUCCUCGUGCACCUCCUCGCCCCGCACGCGCGCACCGCCGCCCUCGCCCGGGACUUCUCGCGCGGCAACCGUCGCCUCGGGAUUUCUCACGGCCUCCACGGGACCACCACUGCCACGGAGGGAGGCGGAGGCGAGGAAUCGUCGGGGCCAGCCGGGUAUGAGUUCGCGGCUCUGCCGCCGUUGGCCGUCGAAAGCGACGGGCACACCAGCACCAACACCGAACCCGAAGACGUACCGCCCCCUCCCCCUCCUCUUCCGUUGUUACGGCGCAGGAAGCACCAACCUACCGGCCGUGCACACCCGAGAAAGGAGGAGGUGGACGAUUUCCCCUUCGUGUUCGAAUGUCGGUUGCUGCCGCAGUCGAUCCAAGUGCAGGAUCAUACGAUUGUGGUGGCGAGGGUGGUGCGGGCGAUCACACCACAGAAAGAUGCGACGACGAUAGACCACCGUGUCCAGCAGGACGCCCAGGAGUUAUGCUUGACGUAUGCGGAUACGCGGUUUUGGGAGAUGGGGAGGGAGAUUUGA